AUGCUGCUGAUUCCAAUGCAGGUCAAAUCGAUACUCUCUCCUCUGGCCACCGGAUUAAUUUCAAUGGGGAGGGAAAUGCCCAUUGAACGGCGACGCAGUGCCCGGCUUCGGCUUGCUGCUGCCGCUGUUCGUGCUCCUGGACAGAUUGAUAACGAGUCCUCUUGCUCGUCUCCGGCCGACGGGACGCCCAGAUCUCCGGCCGACGAUACGCGCACAUCUCCGGACGAGGAAUCGCCCUGUUCUCACUCUUCAACCUGUCGCAGAUCUUCUUCCAUCCUGUGUCGCUUGGAUUCUGGACAGCAGCCCCAUCCCAGGAACAUGGAUGAUUCUAAGGAUGCCGAACUCCUUAGGAUUCUUGGAUAUGCGAGGAUGCAUCAAAAACAAAUAAACUCUAGAUGGUAUCAAGAAGAUGCGGUGGUGGAACGUAUAUUGAAGACUUCGGCUAUAAAUUCGAUGUUCCCAGGCAUUGAUCUGGCAAUGCUAAAACAACGGAUUCAGGAAUUUGAGAAGAUGGUCAUAGAUUACAAUGAGGGUAAACUAACAACUAUGCCCAAUCAGGAUCUUAUGCUUUAUGUGUUCAGCAAUAUCAUGCAUGACUAUGAGCAGAUCCCCGAGACUCCACUAAAUUCUGGGAAAAGAGCUACCCUUGUUUCGGAAGAACUGGAAGCACCUUCCACUAAAAGAGCACGUUCAGAGAGUGUUGAUAUGGUUAUGUAUCUGAGCCAUCCAGACGCCGCAUCAAAGCUUUUAAGCAGUGGCUUUAGUAUGGAUGAUUGUACUUCAAGAGCUCAGCGAUUAUUUAAAGAUGACCAUCACAUGCUAUAUUCUGCUCUCACUCUUUUGAGGCAAAAUAUAGAAAUUCGUCAGUCAUUCAUGACUUUAGAAGAAAGUUAUGCACGUGGUUAUAUUGAGUAUGAGCUGAAGGAUUCUGGUAUGCUGUGA